AUGGGUAUUGACUUCACAGUCUUCAAGGGGUCUAAGUCUGGGGGGAUCGUCGAGGCCAAGGAUCACCGUGAUGUAGGCCCGACACAAGCUCUGGUCGCGCUGUCGCACUGUGGUGUCUGUGGUACUGAUUCUCAUUACCGACAUGUUGAUCAGGGAUUGGGUCAUGAAGGUGUUGGUGUUAUCAGGGAGAUUGGAAGUCUGGUUGAGAAGCUAUCAGAUCUGAGGGUCGGAAGGCAUUUUAAGUGUCUGAACAACGAACAAUUUGGGACCGCCAACUUGGACCAAGGUUGCUUUGGGACAGGUGUUGCUUGGGAUGUCAGCACGCUCUUCAAGAUUCCGGACGAGAUUUCCUCCGAGUCAGCCGGGCCAUUGAUGUGCGGUGGUGCUACCGUCUGGGGGCCCCUAUAUAAGCAUGGAUUCAAAGCAGGUGAUCGCAUUGGAAUCAUAGGUGUUGGUGGGCUCGGACACCUGGCUAUUCAAUUUGCGUCGAAAAUGGGUAGGGAGGCUGUUGUCUUCUCUGGAACUGAGUUCAAGAAGGAAGAAGCGUUCCAGUUUGGAGCAAAAGAGUUCUAUGCCACCAAGGGAGUCACAAAAUUCGAAGGAAUCGAGCCAGUCGACUGCUUGCUAAUCACGACCUCGGUGCUACCUGAUCUCUCACUAUAUCUACCCAUAUUGGCGCCGUUUGCGAAAAUCUUCCCACUCACCAUCAGCAUGGAUAAUAUUCCAGUCCCUGCUUUGCCGCUCGUAAUAUACGGUUAUAAGAUAAUUGGUUCCGGGGGCGCUCAUCCACAAUCCGUGAAGGCAAUGAUGAGAUUCGCUACGGAACACUCGGUCAAACCGGUCAUCGAGAAGUUUCCCAUGACACAGAAAGGCGUCACAGAUGCCAUGAAGAAGCUAGACGAGGGGAGCGUAAGAUACCGUGGAGUACUUGUGGUGUAA